AUGAUUCGCAUUUUGGCAAAACAGCCAAUUCUAACUCAAACAGAGUCUAGAGCUCUCGGCCGCUCCUCUGCAAUCGCUUUAACAGCAUCAUCAUCAUCAUCAUCAUCAUCUACAAUCUCUUAUUCCCGCUCAUACUCUUCAACUACACAAUCACAGCUGUCUCAAUUAAACCCUUCAAAUCACCCAGUCUCUCUUCUUUUCCAAAGUACCAUCGGUGCCACUGCUCUUCGCACAAAUAGAAUUGAUCUUCUGCGACCGCUACUCGCCUCCAAUGCCCGCUUUAACUCUUCAAAGCCCUCCCCUAGUAAACCUACUGCUGAAGCAAAGCCCACAGAAACCGCCGUGGCUUCUCCUGCCCAAACAACUCCUGAUACCACUACCCCUCCUGCUCCUGAAAAGAAACUCACCAUUUGGGAAAAAGUUAAGCAUGAGGCCCAGCACUACUGGGAUGGAACCAAGCUGCUUGGAUACGAAAUCAAGGUCUCUACAAAACUAGUCGCUAAAAUGGCUGCAGGCUACGAACUUACCCGCCGUGAAGACCGCCAACUCCAACGUACCCUCCAAGACAUUACCCGUCUCGUUCCCUUUGCCAUGUUUGUCAUUAUCCCCUUUGCCGAACUCCUCCUUCCUGUUGCUCUUAAGCUCUUCCCCAAUCUCCUUCCCUCCACCUACGAGUCCAUUAAGGAUAAAGAGGCCAAGACAAAGAAGCUCCGAAAGACCAGAGACAAUGUCUCCACCUUCUUAAGGAAAACCCUCUCGGAGAGUGGCAUGCGUCUUCCUGAUACCGUCACCCCAGAAGAACGUGAAAAGUUUGCCCUCUUCUUCCAUAAAAUUCACUCAAGUGUUGAAACCCCCUCAAACGAGCUCGUCGUUUCUGUCGCCCGCUUGUUUAAAGAUGACCUGGUCCUCGACAACUUGUCUCGACCUCAGCUCAUUGCUAUGACCCGCUACAUGAACAUGCAAGCCGUCGGAACAAAUGUCAUUAUCCGCUACCAAAUCCGUUACCGCAUGCGUCAGAUUAUGCGUGAUGACCGUGCCAUUGACUACGAAGGUGUCGAGUCUCUCACUGUCCCUGAACUCCAGAGCGCUGCUGCCUCCCGUGGUAUUAAGACUUAUGGUGUUUCCCCUGCACGUCUUCGUGAUGAUCUCCGCACUUGGCUUGACCUCAGACUGAGACAACGUGUCCCUCCUACCUUGCUCGUCCUGAGUAGUGCCUUUAACUAUGGUGAAGCUGAUACUGUCGAGACUUACUAUGAUGCUCUUCGAGCUGUUCUUUCUGCUCUCCCUGAGGAAGUGUUCCAUGAGGCUGAGCUUGAUAUUAGUUCCGAUGCCGCUACUCACAAGCAGCGUCUUGAGGUUAUUAAGGAGCAACAAGAGCUUAUUAAAGAUGAAAAUCAGCAGCAACAGGAUAGUGGUAGCAUUGUUGGUGUCAAGGAUAACCUUUCUCUUGAUGAAGAGCAAAAUGCUGCUGCUGCAUCUGCUGCCGCUGCCGCUGCUGCUGCUGCCGAGCCUACUACCGAGGCUCCUAAGGCUGAGACUGAAGCCCCUAAGGCUGAGACUGAAGCUCCCAAGGCUGAAGCCCCAAAAGCUACUAUUGAGGAAAAGUCCAAAUAA